AUGCGGGGUUUGUUCGCCAAGCUCGUCAUUGCGGCGAGUACGUGCUUAACCUGCAAUGCCUCGGCAGACACGACCAAGAAACCUCAAAUUCAGAUGCUGCCUCGCCUACGAGAGCAGGCUCAGAUUGUCGACGCCUGGACUGAAGAACGCAAAGCACUGAUCCCAGGAAUUUUGCGAAAAUAUGGGGUUGAUGCAUGGCUCAUUAGUCAACGUGAAUAUGCCGAGGACACCGUCUUCUGGGCUCUCAAGGAUUACGAGCAAUUCUCUGCUAGGCGCCGCACAACUCAACUGAUCCUCGCUAAUGCCACGGGCGACUCACCAUUAUCAUACACUUGGGUCGACAACACCCCUCUCGUCUGGUCUGAGCUCACGGCCGUCCUGGUCGCUCAGCAGCCACGCAAUAUUGCACUGAAUACACACGCCGAGCUGGCCUUUAGCGGUGGUCUACACGCUGGCGAACGGGACGCAAUUGAGGCUGCGCUAGGAGACUGGGCUGACCGUUUUGUCCUUGAGCCUAUGAUUGCCGUCGAGGUCGUCGCAACCAUGGUAGAAAGCAGACUCGGCUGGUAUCGAAAGUUAAUGGAAACAGCCUGGGCGAUCAUCGAGGAGGCAUUUAGCACCAGCAAUAUCAUUCCUGGCAAGACAACUACCUUGGAUCUAGAAUGGUGCGAUACGGAGGACGACAUUCCCGCCAGUGUACUUGAAGGUUUGAGAAAGGGCAAUCGACUACAGGACAUAACGAGAGAUAAUAUGAAAAUCGGCAUGACGGGGAACGAAAUACUGAAGAAAAUUCGUCAUCAGAUGGACCAAGAAAAUAUUCAGGGCAAGAUUUAUUGUCACGCAACAGGAGAAAUGGGGCAUAGCGCUGGGACUGUCAUCGGGAUGACCAACCUGCAAGACAGUGUUCCAUUCCUUGGAGAUCUUCCCCUGCUGAAGAACACAUACUACAGUAUUGAAUUGUUUGCGCAGCAUUAUAUUCCGGAGAAAAACAAGACGGUCAACUUUCCUCUGGAAGAAGAUGUCUACUGGAGCGAAGAGACUCAGACGUGGGAAUGGGUAUUUGGCAGGCAGUCUAAGUACCUCGUCGUUCAUCCUCCCAUGAAUGGCAACACCGAGCAAAUGCAGCUGGAGUUUGAGCUAUGA